CCUUUGUUCGCUUUCGCUCACGCCGAGGAUGGCGUUUCGUACAGCAUCCCCAGCGCGCGUCUAGCAUCCCCCUCCGCCUAUAACACCAUCUUCUCCCAUGACGGACGUUCGCGGCAGCCCCGAUCCCGCCCCCGGUCCAGACGCCCCCGACGGCGCUCCAGCGGCCACGGACGGCGACAACUCGAAUAACAACGACGGCAGCGGCGCCAGCAUGGGCACGAGUAACGGUUCCAGUGUCCCGGCCACGGGCGGCACGGGCGCUUCCUACCCCGGCAUGCCCAUGCACAUGUACGGCUUCCCCCCGCCCAUGGUCUCCACCCAGCCCCUCCGGUCGAAACGGCGCCAGGUCAAGAACGCCUGCACCAAUUGUCAAAAGGCUUGCAAGAAAUGUGACGACGCUCGGCCAUGCCUCCGGUGCGUCAAGUACGGUAUCUCCGACGACUGUGUGGACUCGCAACGCAAGGAACGGAGGAAAGGUUUGAAACGGGGCCCUUACAAGAAGAGAGAUGGAAAGGGGGCCUCAGCUGUUGAGCAACCCGAGGCCGCCCUUGCUCAAAUGAUCCCUGCCCCCAUCCCUCUUCCUGCGCCGACCGGUAGCCCGCAUCAUCCGCACCACCCACAGCCCGCGCCUCUGUCGUACAUGACGCCCGUCGGAUAUCCGCCCGCCAUGUUCCCUCCGAUGGCACAGAUGUCGCCGCCGCCACUCCUACCGCCCCCCGGAUCAAGCCCUAAACCCAACGGUGGUGGAAGCCCCGAGCACCAGUCUUCGCCCGGUCAUCAUCAGCACGGCCAGCACCCGCACCACCAGCCACCUCCAGCAGCGGCAUACUACCCGCAAUUCUACAUCGCGCCGCUGCCUGCGCACCCCCCUCCGGACGGCACUGACCAGGGACAAGCGCCUCACCCGGGGUACCCCCAGCAAUUCUUCCCUACGUUCCUCGCGGCCCCCUACGGGCACCCGUACCCGUACAUGAUGCCACAGGCGCGACCCGGCGAGGGCCCGCUUCCCCUUCACGCUAUGCCGGCACCGAUGGGAGGCGCCUAUCCGCCGCAGCCGCCACCACCACCGGUGUAUGCUACGAAGCCUUCGCCACCGGGCCCCACCGACAACAGCAGCGGCAGUGUAAGCCCUGACAGACGGGACCAGGUCAACGGGACCCGGUCGGCUUGA